AACUAUCGCCACCACCUUGACACUGUGCUCAAGAUGAACAGGCAAGCCGCAUAGAUCUGGCUCAUCGCAGACAAUAUUUCGCACCGGAUCAUUGUGCCAGGGCUCAGCUAGACCUCGCGUCGCAUUAUGGCAUUACGCAGUGUGCUCAGCAUACACCCACUGAGAUCGCACAUCACAGCGCAAUACAGCAGUGGCAUUACCGGCCAACAAGUCUUGGCACGAAGGGCAUCGUUGCCCUUCGCUCGAAAGUUCAACUCUUCCACACUUCUGGCCCAACCUCGUCCACGGCGCUUCAAGUCAGGGUUGGAAAGGCAUGAAGAAGCCGAAACGCUGCGGUCGGAGGACUUGGUGAACCCGAGUGGUCGCAUUUACUCUCCUCGACGAGGACGAGACGAUGAGGACUCGGAUGUGCUUCAACAGGCCGUCCGUGCGGGUUUGGAUCGGGAUUCAAUCGCUGAAUUGCAAGACAGAUUAGAUAGAGCCAAAAAGCCGUCCAUCGUGUGGGCUACCCUCAGCACAAUGGCCUUGGGAUAUGCAUGCUACUCUACGGCUGCCUGGUACAGCGUCAAAAAUACCGAGGAGCUAAAGGACCAAGACCGAGGACGGGGCAGGUUCUGGCCCAAUCUUGCCAGCCUUUGGCCGGUGGGCGAGACGCAAGCUUUGACUGCCGAGGAGAGUAGACUGAGGGUUGUUAGACAGGAGGAGAUCGUGAAGAAGGCUCAAAGCUCAGCACGGGCCUUGUCGAAGUUGUGCGAUCAGCUCUUGCUCCCUCAAAGUCUCAAGCAGUCCUUGUCACAGGCAUGGCUCAGCAUCGUGGCCCACUAUCUAAAUUUGUCUCCAGGACAACAAGCUAUGGUUCCUGUGAUAGCCGUCAACACCGCCAUCUUUGCUGCUUCUGCUGCCUACUCUUUGCGCCCUCUGAGCCGUCUCGGCCGCUUGUGGAGCCGAACUUUCAUCCAUAGCCCUUCCUCAGGUCGACAUCACACGAUCCUCACGAGCUCCUUCGCACACAGCGCCCCUAUGCAUUUCCUCUUCAAUAACCUUGCGCUCUGGUCUUUCUCAGCGACGAUUUUCUCGUCCAAGCCAUUCCUGUCCUCCGACGAAGGGAUUUUGAAGCACACCUCCGAAGCGUCCUUGGCGCCGCACUUGCUGGCCUUUUGCGCUUUAGCAGGGAUCAGCUCAGGGCUCUUGUCCCACCUCGUCAACGCUGCAAGAUGGCGCUUUCUCGCUGCGAGAGCUGGCGAGGCCGUCGCUAGAUCCAAAUAUGGUCUGACAGCUAGUCUAGGAAGCUCUGGAUUUGCCUACAGUCUGCUAGUCAUGAACGCUCUGGCCUUUCCGGAUGCUCAAGUGGGACUCAUCUUCCUUCCGAUGAUAUCCUUCCCCAUCGCGCAAGGUGUCCUUGGCUUGGUCGCGCUGGACGUCGUUGGUGUAUUGCGCGGCUGGAGGAUGUUUGAUCACUGGGCUCAUCUUGGAGGUGCAGCCUUUGGCUACCUGUACUUCAAGCACGGCAACGACCUUUGGGAGAGGAAGAAGGCUGACUGGAGAAAGAAUUGGUCAUUCACUAUGGAGUAUCAUAGCGACCUGGAUGCAGAAAGGGAACGCAAAGUGUGACAGAGUCGUUGCUACCGUAAGCCUGCCUCGAAGACUUUCCAAAGAGGACACGAGCUUUGUCACCGCUCAUCAAAUGUUGUUGCUGCGCUCAUGUUCGCUUCCAUCGUAAGUGCACCACUCAAUGUACUUGUAACAAGUCGUGAUCUUUCGUGAUUGGCUCUCUGUCGCUCUCAUGCGCUGCACAACGCUGUUGGCGCGUCUCUUCGCAAGCUCAUCAACGUGCGCUGCCCGAAAUACUUGACCGCUGCAAGGCACGCUUGAGAGCAUCGCCCACGAAGCAAACUCGAAGCAAAACUCUCAUCAGUCGCACACUUGCAUCCUCGGAAAGGCUGGCUAGAGCGCAACGGGAAGUUUGUUUAGUCACCAGUGUGAUGUCCCGUAUCCUCCGUCUCCACCA